UGGCAUUCAGUCGUAAUGGACGCACGUAAAUUUUCCACCCACGUACUUGAUACUUCGGUAGGAAAGGCUGCCGCAAGUGUUAGAGUAACUAUUUCUGUCCUGGAUGAGAUUCAAGAGUGGAGAUCCCUCCGAGCAGCCCAAACCAAUGCGGACGGUCGUUGUCAACUUUUGGAGGCCGGGGAGUUUCCCAGCGGAGUCUACAAGCUAACGUUUCAUGUGGGAUCCUACUUCGCAGAGCGCAAUGUAAAAACCCUGUAUCCAGCUAUAGAUAUCAUUGUGGACUGUAGUGAAAAUCAAAACUAUCACAUUCCUUUGCUACUUAAUCCCUAUGGAUACUCCACAUAUCGGGGUACAUAGAUGUGGCGGCCAGUGUGUAGAAUCAAUACAAAAAUCAUUGUGAAUUAUUAUUAAAAUAAACCAGAAAAAAGGAAAUUAAAAUAAAGUGGCUCUAAAUAA